AAUGUCGAUCCAACUCGCCCGUUUUCCAUAUCCAUUGAAAAAAAAGGUUCAAGCAAAACGUUGCGUAGAGAAAUUUAAAACGUUUUUUUAUGUGACAUGAAGAUUAUUCAAACGACCUCUAUAAUCUUCUUGAGCUUCAUCUUCUUAUCAACGCGUGAGCUUCACCUUCAAGCCUUCGACAAUAUUCUCGGCCUAACGUCCAAAACCUUGGACCGACGAAGCUUUCCCGAUGAUUUCAUGUUCGGAGCAGCUUCAAGUGCCUAUCAGAGUGAAGGAGCGGUCGACGUUGAUGGAAGAAAACCAAGCAUAUGGGACACGUUUGCUAGACAACAGCCAGAGGAAAUCUCCGAUGGGAGCAAUGGGGACGUGGCAGACGAAUUCUACUUCCGCUCCAAGGAAGAUGUCGCUCUUAUGAAAGAAAUCGGGAUGAACUCUUUCAGGUUUUCAAUCUCUUGGCCACGGAUUCUGCCUUAUGGUACGAUUGGAGGAGGAGUUAACCGGGCAGGGAUUGACUUUUAUAAUCAACUCAUCGAUGAAUUAAUCUCAAACGGUAUAAAGCCUAUGGCUACUUUGUUUCACUGGGACCUACCUCAGGCACUAGAGGAUGAAUAUGGCGGAUUCUUAAGCCGACAAGUCGUGAAUGAUUAUCUUGAUUACGUGGAUCUAUGUUUCAAAGAAUUCGGAGAUAGAGUGAAAUAUUGGAUCACGGUCAAUGAACCAAACAUCUUCACAAUGUUCGGGUACGGGUACGGUAUGACUGCACCGGGACGUUGUUCAAGCUACGUAGGGAACUGCUCGGCCGGGAACUCGGCCACCGAGCCCUACUUAGCGGCUCACCACUUGAUCCUCUCCCACGCGGCCGCGGUCCGACGAUAUAGACAGAACUAUCAGAGUUCUCAAGGAGGUAUAAUUGGGAUGACAAUACAGACAUCUUGGAUGAUUCCAAAGUACGAAACCGUUGCAUGUAGAGAGGCUGCCUCUAGGGCUCUUGACUUCUCAUUUGGAUGGUUUGCGAAUCCGAUAACGUACGGAGAAUAUCCAGAGGUGAUGAGAGAGACAGUGGUGGGAGAGAGGCUACCGAAGUUCACGAGAGAGGAGAGAGAAAUGGUCAAAGGAUCGUUUGACUUUUUCGGAGUGAAUUAUUACACGGCAAGGUUCACCGAAGACGCUAUGUUCUAUGCCAGCGCCAAUCUUAGCUCCACCACCGACAGCCACGUCAACGAGACAACGGAGAAGAAUGGAAUACCUAUCGGUGAACCGACGGGUGCAUCUUGGCUCUACAUUUAUCCAAAGGGGUUUCAAGAUCUUCUACUGUACGUGAAAUACAAAUACAAUAAUCCAGUAAUAUACGUCACGGAAAACGGCAUGGCAUAUGAAACCGACAAGUCGCUGCCCGUCACCGAAGCCCUCAACGAUGAACUAAGGAUAAAGUAUCACCAUCUCCAUCUCUCUGCUCUCUUGAACGCCAUCCGGAAAGGAGCCGACGUGAGAGGAUAUUACGUAUGGUCGUUUAUGGAUGAUUACGAGUGGGAAUUUGGUUACACGAAUCGCUACGGAUUGAUCUACGUGGAUUUUCAAGAUAACCUUAAGCGAUACCUCAAACGCUCUGCUCUAUGGUAUAAAGGUUUCCUAUCAAUGGAGGCAAAUUCAACGGCUUAGCCUCACCCCUACGUUUUUCAUUUUUUGUAAUUUGUAAAUAUAACAUAUACAAAAAAAAAAAUCCCCCGGGGGGGUAUUUGAUCGUUUAUACAACGCGUUUCUUACUUCUUUC